AUGCGGAGCAAUGAUUGGCCAGGCGAGAGAUGGUUAGGGAUGUGCUGGAACGCGAUCGACCGCAGCUUUGAUAAAGCUGGACUCGGGGCAGGACAGAUUUUUGGCGGGUGGCCCGGAUACAGUGGGAUCAGCCGUGGACGGGCUAAUGCAGCGGUGGAGACGUGGUCCUAUGCCUUUUCUGACUCGCUGAGGGAUGGAAAUUUGUUGCCUGCCUCCUAG